GAACAGAACUGCGAUACCACACGCGUCCGAGCAACCUGCGCUAUCGGGGGAUUUAAACACUACUCAGCGCUAGAACCCAAACCGCUUCUCUGGAUCUGCCGCAGGACGCUCGCUUACGGGAUUAUUGUUUAUUUGUUUAUUUGAACAAGAAGAUGUGAGUUUUUUGUGUGAAUGCACGAUAAGAAAGAGAGGAACUCCAUCGCUGAUCAAGGUACACUUGAGGAAGAAGGAGAAGACGAAGCCGCUAAACAACUGAAGAUAUGAAGCUAAAGGGCUUUUGAAGACAAGCGAGUGAGACAUCCUGUUUGAAGACCACAGCCUUCUCUUCGUAGGGCCUCGGCACUCCAGCCAGGUCAAAGGUCGCCCCCGGAGCAAGAUGGCCGCCGGCGGUCCACCCUGCCUCCGUCUGCCGGCCCUGCUGCCCCUCAGCACUCUGUUGCUCUGUAUGCUGCUUACUGGCUUCCAUGCCUUAUCACCACCAAGAUUCACUAAAGUUCCCGUAGACCAGAUUGGCGUAUCUGGGGGUGUGGUCUCAUUCGUGUGCCAGGCGACAGGAGACCCUAAGCCCCGGGUGAGCUGGAACAAGAAGGGGAAGAAAGUCAACUCCCAGCGCAUUGAGACUAUAGAGUUUGAUGAGGGUGCCGGCGCCGUCCUUCGGAUCCAGCCUCUACGAGCGCCGCGGGACGAGAACAUCUACGAGUGCGUGGCGGAAAAUAGCGAGGGUGAGGUCAACGUUAACGCCAAGCUGUCCAUAAUCAGAGAGGACUUGCUCCCGGGAGGAUUCCCCAACAUAGACAUGGGUCCCCAGCUGAAGGUGGUCGAGCGGACCCGGACGGCCACCAUGCUCUGUGCUGCCAGCGGCAACCCCGACCCAGAAAUCACCUGGUUUAAGGACUUUCUGCCCAUAGACCCCAACACAAGUAACGGGCGAAUCAAACAGCUGCGCUCAGGCGCCCUGCAGAUUGAGAACAGCGAGGAGACGGACCAGGGGAAGUACGAAUGUGUGGCGUCUAACGUGGAAGGCGUGCGUUACUCAUCCCCUGCUAACCUAUAUGUGCGAGUCCGCCGUGUGCCCCCUCGCUUUUCUAUCCCACCGACCAGUCACGAGAUGAUGCCAGGUGGCAGUGUGAACAUCACCUGCGUGGCGGUAGGGUCGCCCAUGCCGUACGUCAAAUGGAUGCUCAACUCCGAGGACCUAACGCCCGAAGACGAGAUGCCAGUGGGUCGGAAUGUUCUGGAGCUCAACAGCGUGCGAGAGUCUGCCAACUACACAUGUGUGGCCAUGAGCAGUCUGGGCAUCAUCGAGGCGGUGGCGCAGAUCACCGUCAAGUCCCUGCCCAAGCCUCCAGGCACCCCAAUGGUGACCGAGACCACGGCUACCAGUGUCACCAUCACCUGGGACUCGGGCAACCCGGACCCAGUGUCCUAUUACAUCAUCCAGUACCGCGCCAAGUCUCCCGACAGCAAGUUUGAGACCAUGGACGGCAUCACCACUACGCGAUACAGCAUCGGGGGCCUCUACCCCAACACGGAGUACGAGAUCCGCGUCUCGGCCUUUAACACCAUCGGCCAGGGUCCCCCCAGUGAGCCGGUGGAGACCCGGACCGGGGAACAAGCCCCGGCCAGUCCGCCCCGCAACAUCCAGGCCCGGAUCAUCUCCCAGAACACCAUGAUGGUGCGCUGGGACGAGCCAGAGGAGCCCAAUGGACAGAUCAAAGGGUACCGGGUGUACUACACCAUGGACCCGUCCCAGUCCAUGAGCCUAUGGCAGAUCCAUAAUGUCCAGGAUAGCAUCAUCACCACCAUCCAAAGCCUGGUGGCAUCUGAGACCUACACCAUCCGUGUCCUGGCCUUUACCUCGGUGGGCGACGGGCCCUUCUCCGACCCCAUCCACGUCAAAGUGCUGCAAGGAGUCCCCGGACAGCCAACAAAGUUCCAGGUUGGUGCUGUGUCCGACACAAGCAUGGAGUUGACCUGGGAACCUGCCUUCCAGAAAGAGGGGAUCAUCAGCUUUGAACUCCGAUACAAAGAGGGCAGUUUUGGUAGCCAGGUGACCAAAACCUUUGUCCCCACUGCUUCGUACGUCGUUGAGGGUCUGCGGGCGAACACGGAGUACUACUUCUCUCUGGCUGCCAUUUCCAACAAAGGCAUUGGAGCCUUCACCAACGAAAUAUCCCAGAAAACCUUGCAAGCCAAGCCCUCAGCCCCUCAAGAUGUUAAGUGCAGCAGCUCCAGCUCCACCUCCCUGCUGGUAAGUUCGCCCCCGCCUGUGGAGAGCCAGAAUGGCGCCCUGGCGGGGUACCUAGUGCGCUACCAGGUGGUGGGAGCCUCCGUUGAGGGUGGCAGUGCCGGGGAGCCCAUGGAGGAGCCAGCCGUGCUGCCCAGUGAUGGGAAGGUGCUGCUGCAGAAGCUGGAGAAGUGGACCCAGUACAGCGUCACCCUGGCCGCCUUCACUGAGAUUGGGUCAGGCCCAGAGAGCGAGCCCCUGCUGUGCCGCACCGACGAGGAUGUUCCCGGAGCUCCUCCUAGGCGGGUCGAGGUGGAGGUGCUCAACUCCACGGCGCUCAAGGUCAUGUGGCGCUCCCUGUCGCCGGGGCGACAGCACGGCCAGAUCCGUGGUUACCAGGUGCACUAUGUGCGUGUGGAGAACGGGGAGUCGCGCGGCCUGCCCCUCAUCAAGGACGUCAUGCUUGCCGAUGCCCAGUGGGAAACAGACGAUACAGCCGAAUAUGAAAUGGUCAUCGGAGGGCUACAGUCGGACACCACCUACUCCAUCACAGUAGCUGCGUACACCACGAAGGGAGAUGGAGCACGCAGCAAACCCAAACUGGUGGUAACCAAAGGAGCAGUGCCUGGGCCACCCUCUCUGUCGGUGGCUCAGGAUUCAGAGACGUCGGCCGUGGUGUGCUGGGAUGCACCCGAUGUUAUGAUCCCUGGCAUGGGGCUGCAGGGUUACCGGCUUCAGUUUGGCCGCAAAGACGUGUCCCCCCUGGCUAGUCUGGAGUUCACCCCCCAGGAGAGGCAGUACACGGUGGCUAGUGUCCACCGCGGUGCCACCUACCUCUUCAAAGUCCAGGCCAAGAGUCGGGGGGGCUUCGGUGAGGAGGCGACAGCCGAACUGCAGGUGCCCGAACACACACCCCAGGGGUACCCCCAAAUCAGAGAAACCUCCAACGUGACCUGCUGCUCGGUGGAAUUGUCAUGGUUGCCCCCAGUGCUGGCAGAGCGCAACGGGGACAUCACAGAGUACACGCUAGCAUACCAGGAGACGGGCUUGGGGGGCGCGCCCCGGGAACUCAGCCUGCCCGCAAGCCAGUCCACCUACGUGCUCAACAGCCUCAAACCCAACUCGGCGUACGAUGUGAAAAUACGCGCACACACGAGUGUAGGUCCAGGGCCCUACAGCCCGCCGAUCCAGUAUCGGACAGUGGCGUUUGAGACAGAUGUACCAAAGAACUUCACGGUGAAGUGGGUAACCAAGACGACGGUGUUGCUAACAUGGAAGUUUGUUGAGAGGCGGUUCCCUUUUCGGUGCACGAUCGAGUACAACCGUCAGAAGAUGGACGUGGAUGCCCGGCUGACCAAGGCGCUGGUCACCAGCCUGCGGCCCAACACCACCUAUGAGUUCCGGGUCACGUGUCAGGAGAACACAGAGGGUGGCCCUCGCCACCGUGUGGUCGCUCGGACCACACCGCCCAUCCUGGUCAAGAAGCCCAAGCUGGACCUCUACUCGGAGCCAGACAACAUUCUGACCAUGGGUUUCGCCCCGGUAGAGACCAAGGACAUCAAGGACUUCUAUGUGGUGGCGGUACCACUAAAGAAGGGUUUGGGGACUGCACGACAUCUCAAGAACCCAGACGAAAUGGACUUGGAAGAGCUGCUGAGGGACAUCACCCCGAAGCGUCGCACCAGGCGUCAGCUGAGCCAGGCGGAUGGCAAGAAGCCCUACAUCACAGCCUGCUUCAAGCAGCUCCCCACCUCGUUCACCCUGGGCACAGAGCACCGCCACAGCAGCUGUGAGAGUAAACCUCUGGAGCCCGGGCAGGAAUACGUCUUCUUCCUACUGGCUGAGCUCAACACCACCGCCGUGAAAAUGUUUGCGGCCAGCCCAUACACAGACUUAGUGGUGACCCCAGAGCUUGAGGCUGAUCCUCUGCCCAUGGAGACAGGUGGGGACGGCCUCAUCUGGGUGGUGGGGCCCGUCCUGGCCGUAGUCUUCAUCAUCUGCAUCGUCAUCGCCAUCCUCCUCUACAAGAACAGCAAACCUGACAGCCGUAAACGAAAGGAGUCAGAGCCCAGAACAAAAUGUCUGCUGAACAACGCAGAGAUCACCCCCCACCACCCCACAGACCCAGUGGAGAUGAGACGCAUUAACUUCCAGACCACAGGUAUGAUGAGUCAUCCCCCCAUUCCUAUCGCGGAGCUGGCUGAACACACGGAUCUUCUCAAAGCCAACGACAACCUGAAACUCUCCCAGGAGUAUGAGUCCAUCGAUCCAGGCCAGCAGUUUACGUGGGAACACUCCAACCUGGAGGUGAACAAGCCUAAAAACCGCUACGCCAACGUCAUCGCCUACGACCACUCCCGCGUCAUCCUCGCACCCAUCGAAGGUAUUACCGGCAGUGAUUAUAUCAACGCCAACUACAUAGACGGCUACAGGAAGCAGAAUGCCUACAUGGCUACGCAGGGCCCGCUGCCCGAGACGUUCGGGGACUUCUGGAGGAUGGUGUGGGAACAGAGGGCAGCCACUGUGGUCAUGAUGACCAGACUGGAAGAGAAAUCACGGAUCAAGUGUGACCAGUACUGGCCCAGUCGAGGCACAGAGACCUAUGGUAUGACCCAGGUGACUCUACUGGACACCAUAGAGCUGGCCACCUUCUGUGUUCGCACUUUCUCCCUGCACAAGAAUGGCUCCAGUGAGAAGCGGGAGGUCCGUCAGUUCCAGUUCACUGCGUGGCCCGACCACGGGGUCCCCGAGUACCCCACCCCCUUCCUGGCCUUCCUCCGCCGGGUCAAGACCUGUAACCCCCCAGACGCAGGCCCCAUCAUCGCCCACUGCAGUGCGGGCGUGGGGAGGACGGGCUGCUUCAUUGUGAUCGAUGCCAUGCUGGAGCGCAUCAAGCAUGAGAAAACAGUGGACAUCUACGGCCACGUGACCCUGAUGCGAUCGCAGCGGAACUAUAUGGUGCAGACGGAGGACCAGUACAGCUUUAACCAUGACGCGUUGCUGGAGGCGGUGGCGUGCGGCAACACGGAGGUGGCGGCCAGGAGCCUGUUCUCCUACAUCCAGAAGCUGGCCCAGGUGGAGACGGGCGAGCACGUCACCGGCAUGGAACUGGAGUUUAAGCGCCUAGCCAACUCCAAGGCCCAUACGUCCAGGUUUAUCAGUGCCAACCUGCCCUGCAACAAGUUCAAGAACCGUCUGGUGAACAUCAUGCCCUACGAGACCACCCGCGUCUGCCUGCAGCCAAUCAGGGGCCUCGAGGGCUCAGACUACAUUAACGCCAGCUUCAUCGACGGAUACAGGCAACAGAAGGCCUACAUUGCAACGCAGGGCCCGUUGGCAGAGACCACAGAGGACUUCUGGAGGAUGAUGUGGGAGAACAACUCCACUAUUGUAGUCAUGCUCACCAAACUCCGAGAGAUGGGCAGGGAAAAGUGUCAUCAGUACUGGCCCGCUGAGCGUUCGGCCAGGUACCAGUACUUUGUGGUGGACCCCAUGGCUGAGUACAACAUGCCCCAGUACAUCCUCCGAGAGUUCAAAGUCACUGAUGCAAGGGACGGGCAGUCCAGGACAGUGCGGCAGUUCCAGUUCACUGAUUGGCCGGAGCAGGGGGUGCCCAAGUCAGGAGAGGGCUUCAUAGACUUCAUAGGCCAGGUGCACAAAACCAAGGAGCAGUUUGGCCAGGACGGACCCAUCUCUGUCCACUGCAGUGCGGGGGUUGGCCGGACCGGUGUCUUCACCACACUCAGCAUCGUGCUGGAGAGGAUGCGCUAUGAAGGCGUGGUAGACAUCUUUCAGACGGUCAAGAUGCUGCGGACACAGAGGCCGGCCAUGGUCCAGACAGAGGAUGAAUAUCAGUUUUGCUACCAGGCGGGUCUGGAGUACCUAGGAAGCUUUGAUCACUAUGCAACGUAAAAAUCCAUCUCGUCCCCCGAAUCCUAUGUCCCCCUCAACAGUCUCCUGAGCCAUAGAAAUGAAAACAACAGCAGCCAGAAAACAAAAUUCAACCAACAGAAUAGCAAACGAAUUGUAGAUUAUUAUUAUUAUUUUUUUAAGUCAACAAGAGUGCAAUUCCAAUUGGACCCAAUGGACUUUGAUGUCGGCGAGGAAACCGUAAAUGACUCCAUCAGCAGAACUAAUUGACGCCCUCACUCUGAAGAAAGGAACCAAAAGUGGUGGCUCAAGCUGUGGGGUGGGAAUAAUUAAAGUGUUGGACUGCUAACCUUACCUCAAGUGUUCAGAUGUGGAGGUGGACAUUGUAAACAUUUCGUGGAUAUCUAUUAAAAAUUAACUACGUUACAAACAAUACAACAGUGAAUGAAGGAAAAAACCAACUGGGCGAACGUGACUGAGGUAUAAAAAAAAGAAAAGGGAUUGGUAAAAACUGAGAAAAUGGUGGAGUGGAUGUAGCUUUAAAUGGGGAAGCGCCGUUUUUACCAUGUAAGGACAGAGGUUCACAGUUCCUAGUUGUUUAUAAACACUUCUGAUGGAAAACUGUGGUUGCCUGUGUACACAGAUGAUUGUCCCCAAAAUGUCAGACACCUCUGAUGAGACAAACACACUGAGUUAACGGUAAGGUACUGGCAAAAGAAGUCGACCUCCAUUCGGGACCCCCUACCACACUCAUCCUUCUCUCUAAGCAAGAUAACUCCUACUGCCCAUAGUUCUGUUACAACCUUAGAAGCUCAACUCCCAACAUGUCCAUCAUCUCGUACAAAGGGCAGCCCUAUAUCCCUUCAACUCUUUGGGCUAAGAGGAGCUUCUGCAGUACAGAAUAUCCCGGGGGAAAGUGAUGACGGUGUCAUAUAGUGUCUGCCAGCGGUGGAUAAUGCCGAUUCAAUCAACUUACCGUUUCAGUUUCUCCAUCACUUGACGUGUGGAGCUUCUUGAGGACAAACCCCAACAUGUUUAUACAGUAACCACUGACAUAGCUCUCUUAGCCUCAGUCACCAUGGAAACUGGGUGAAAAGAGACCACUCUUGCAAGACCAGAUGAAUGACAAUGAA